AUGGCACAAAAGCGCCAGGUCAUUUUCCGCAUCUUCUACAGCACCUCGUUCACCGCCGUCUUCUUGAUACUCACAAUCGUUAUCGCCGUCACUCCCGCCGACACUAUAUAUGAGUCCUAUAAGCGGCGCCGUCUCAUCGACAUCUUCCUCAUCGCGGGCGACUAUGUUGUUACCGCCCUGUUAGCCGUCCUUAUAUAUGCCUCGAGGCUGUACACUAAUCGUUCGGUGCUUAAGGACAUACCGAAGACGUAUAUGCCCAUUGAAAAGGAGGAUCUGCCGGGAAAACGAGUGCACAAAUUGAUCCAAGAAUGUCUGGAGAAGAGCGCAGUGAUUGCGUACCAGGCCCGACCGAGGAGUCGGAGGAUUGAGCAUGACACGAUCAACAUUGGGACGAGGAUGCUCGCAUUGACAAAUACGCACACCAACACGGACCCAAAUGCCGAGCCGAGUUGGGGAAAGGUGGCGCAUCCGGGCUGGUCAUCACCUGCUUCGAAGGAGUUGCCGGGGCUCGAGUAUUGCACAGUCGUGGAUGAACUGAUCGAUCUCAUUGAAGCUAAGGCCGUCAGUCUCGCACCCAUUAAUCCGCAUAUCGAGCCUGGUCCCGAUGGCGCACCAAUGCCUGAUCCACGGGUCAUUGAUCAGCUUGCCCGGAGUGGGAACAAGGGCAUGAGAGCAUAUCUCCAGUAUCUCAUUGACAUUGGCGUGGUACCGGACAAUUCCCUGGUAGUGGCAUUUCUCGCGGCCUACGAACGCGCCCGUUUCUCGUCCGAACCAUUAAGCGACGAAGAUUUCGAUAGCCUGAUGCGCAUGUUUGCCGAGUUACUCCGCAAUAUGAGCCCCGUUGACGUUGAGAUGCUCGAUCUCGAAGACGACUCUGAUCAUUCGUAUCAGUCCGAAACAUCCAGCUUGAUCCAUCGGAAUCCAUCCCAUCGUUCUCGUCAACCGGACGCAGAGACCUCAUCCAUCCCGUCUACCUACUCGGCUUCCGGCUCCGUACGCCACCACAAACUCCCGCCACGCCGCAUCUCGGAAGACUCAGCACCUUCGCUUGCUUCCUUCGAACAAGUGCACCAUUCCCUCGAGAAGCAUGCCUCGUCAGAACCCGAUAUCGCAGCUGACGGCCAUCAUUUCAGUGGAAUGGAGGACAUUGACACGCAGUCCUCGUACCUUGUACCUACCAGCAACCCGCGGAGACCUGGACCUUCAACAACAGGAUCGAGUUCGAGAAUGUUCUCCGCGGUGUCACGAAUAAGUUCCCAUUCUGAUAAUAUUUCCAGACUAUCUGGUUCCGGAGAAUCAGACACGGGUUCAGUUGUGCAUCAUGACCUCGCUCGGCAGUCUACAAGAAGUUCAAGGAGGAGCGGGAGGAGCGGGACCGGUGUGCCUGUGAUCCGACUUGCUAGGGAAGGUGAAGACGGCAAUGAUGGCAUGAAUAACGGACUGCCGUAUCGAAUCGAAAUCCCUAACACAGAACGAUAA